AUGCAACGUAGCACCUCUCAGCUUUGGCGUUACCUUCGCGUAGCAGAGGCCUGCAAUUGGCCAGAAGCACCGGAACUUCCGGCCACUCACCUCGACUUGGACGGAUUCUCCCCGGAUCCCCAUAGCGCCAGUGACAGCAAUCUUAACGACUCUGUCUCCACGCCAACAGGCAUCAGGUCUGCCUAUCGCAGAAUCAGGCCCGGCCUCGUGUCGACCACGACUGCUUCCGGAUGCCCCAACUAUGCAGGCUGCCUCGGAGCGCUGGCCGGCUUUUAUCGCCAGCCCGACAAGUUGGUAUAUCGCGCUCUGGUCUGCUCCUGCCCACCCGACGAUGCCGACUGUCAUUUCCAGCGAGAUCAGGUCCUACGGCCUCGAUGCGCCAGUCUCGGGUCGCUGCAACAGUCGGAGACCAGAAGCCGCAUUGCGGAGUCCAGGCAUGAGGUGGAUUUCAGCAGCCGACAGGUCAGCAGACUCGACAAAGAACCCAAACUCCACACGUCUACAGCAACCUUGUCAACUGGUACUUCCGAAAGGACCGGUGCAUUCAUCUCUUGCAUUGAGUUGAUGUCGCGGUGCCUGCGCAACAUGACAUGCAAGUGA